GGAGCACUGUCUCUGUAUUUAAAUAUCCUGGAAGGGGGAGGGGAGCUGUAUUCGCCAGUUGGGAGUUUCGGCGUCGCGUCCCAGUGAACACCACACCAUGGGCAGCCCCGAGGAGAGAGAAUGGGUUGAUGUCGCCAAUGAUCUUCUUAUGAAAUCUCAUAUAAAUCUGCAUGUGACGAAGCUCACAGAAUGUGGUGCUAAUGUAUUUGUUGGUCUUUAUGAGUCGAUCUUGGGAGAAAAAGUACCAGAUUUCAUAGCCUCUCCCAGAAGCCAAGAGGAUGAUGCACAUAAUGUGCAAGCAGUAAUAGAUUCUCUGGCAUUGGACUACUUGCAGGUCAGCUUGUCUCACAUCACUGGAGAGAACAUCGUGAAAGGAGAGAGAGAAUCUAUCCGAAAUCUGUUAGAAAUAUUUGAUGGCCUGCUCGAAUAUCUUACAGAACAAAUCAGUGAAACUUCUUCUCAGAAUGGGGAUGAACCUGACCAGCUAGCUAACAAUGAAAUUCAAAGUGCGCUUCAAGAGCAGCUGGACGGUGACCAUGAGGAACCUGUGCCACCUCUGAAACUCCCAUCAGUUGCAGAGUCUUCCCAGUCAGAUAUUUUUGUCCCAUCUUGGGAGGUAGAAGGAUCAGAAUCUACUAGCGAAUUAAUCAGGCUUGGGGACACUGCUCAUUCAUUUUCUCUAAGAAAGGAAGAGUUCCAGCUCCCUGAAUUGUUGCCGGCAGAGAGAGAGAGGUCUAAGGAGAUCAAGGAACCUGAAGACUCUGAGGCUACUGUGGCAUCCUGUCAACUUGUGGCAUCAUCUAGUCAGCUUUUCAGCUUCAGAAGAGCACUUGUAAAAGAGAGGGAAGGAUCAAUGAAGUCUGUUAAUUCCAAUGAAUUUCUCAAAGAGAGUUUGAGUUCCAGUGCUAAGAAGCUUGGGGAGCCCAUACGCCCAGCUAUUCCUUUGCAACCACCAUAUCAGCCUCCUGAACCCAGGCCUCAUUAUUCAAUGGGAAGGGAAUACCAAAGCCCAGCCAGACAGUCCCCAGGUUUGGCUAACAAUCAUGGACUUGAAGCUUCUAUUUUUGCAGAACCACUUAGACAGGAGUCAGCUACUUCUGAUAGGGUUCCUCUGUCAAGACUCGCCUCUGUUUUUCCAGUUGGAGAUAAGGUGGUGUCAAAAGAGGAGCCAAAUGGCACAGAUGAUGUGGCUAAGGCUUUUGAUGUGGCUGCCUCACGUACAUCAACUACCUGCUUACCCCAAGACAUCUUAUCAGGCACGGACCAGGUAAUAUCAGUAGCACGAAUCACAAACCCUGAAACAGGAAGUCGGCCUAGUGGGAAAAGCAGAUAUGAACAUUUUAUCACAGAUUCAUUUGAAGAGGAGCCCCUUUCCUGCAGAAAGGCAAAGGAUAAAUUAUCUGAGCAAGAGCUGCAUGAAAUGUCAGAAAAACUCUCUCACAGGUUAAAUGAACUAGAUUUAAUGUUAAAGAGAGCUUUGGGGGAGCAUCCCAGGGAAGAGAUGUUGACAGAUGAAGAUAAACUGUCUCAGCACAGUGACAGUGUCAUGGAUUAUCGGGGAAGGAAACCUCACGCAGCCACUCCACAUCCAAAAAGACUUCUUAGCAGACCACGGUCCCUUUCUCCAUCCCCACCCUCAUCCAGGUAUCUACUUCACUCUGAGUUUGAAGAUACACUUCAGAGAGAUGCCAGAGGCCAGAUGGGGAAAGUGCGCAGGCAAUUGCAAAAGGAAAUGGACCAGAGAAGAAUAAAAGCAAAGAUGAUGACUAAAGCCUAUGAAGAGGAAUUAAGAAUUUUUGAAGCUAGAGAGAAACUGGGCCUCUCCAAGCUAAAAGCAAAAGCCAGGGAAACGGAACAAGAAUACCAAGAAAACAUCUUUAAAGAACCUCCAAAAAUGCCUCGGCCAGUGAAAGUUUAUUCUAGAAAAACCACACCUCGGAUUCCCAAACAGAGCCAGUGGAUUCCAAGAGGAGGGUUUGCAAAGCCAAAGAAAGCAACUCCGAUGAAAGUAAAGGACAAUGACCUUCUGCCUCUGCUACUGGAAGAGUUUCCAUACUUGCAUAUUUCCCACCACUCUAUGAACAAAAUGUGGCAACAGCAGCUUGCACAGAUGGAACAACUGAAGUCUGCUUCUGGCAAAGACAGAUCAAGACUGAAACUCCAAAGUGAAGUGGAAGAAGCACUGAAGAAGCAUGACCUCCUUGUUGACAUCAUAAAGAAAGAUCAAGACCAUCACAAGAGACUGCAAGAGUUUAAGCAACGCAUAUACCGGCAGAAGUUUGCUCAGAAUAAAAUGAGAGAGAAACGUCAGCAAAUUGCUCGAGCCAAAAAGUACUAUGAAGAUUACCGCGUUCAGCUGCGUGCCAAAAUGAUGCGGGCUAGGACACGGGAAGAAAGGAUAUUUAAGAAUCUAUUUGAAGAAGGCUUAGAAAUUCAGAAGCAAAGGCUGCAAGAGCUGAGAAUGUAUAGUAAAGAAAAGCGUGCUGAGCAAAGAAGAGUACACCAGAAUGAACUGGAGUCCAUGGAGAACUACUACAAGGAUCAGUUUUCAAUGCUGGCAGAAGCUGUAUCACAAGAACGUCAAGAAAUCCAAGCCAGAGAGAAAGCACAAGCAAAAACACUGCACAAAACAAAAAGGGAGUUAAGAUCAAAGAUGGAAAAGGAAAUACAGCAGCUGCAGACGCUGAUAACUCAAAAUGACGAUGACUCCUUCUUCCGAGAGCUGGAAGCAGAACGACUGAAAUCCAGACUUCAAAUGGCUUCUUUUCAGUAUAGCAAAAGCUAUUUCUUAUAAGACUUUAACUAUUAAAUAUCAAAGCAGCUUUUAUAUCUGGCUAAGAUACUGUUAGGGGUAUGUUGGGGAAUUGCCACAACCAGAAGGUGGUGGCUGGUUGUUCUGUAAAAUGUUGUCCGUCUGGUUUACAAUGUCAAAGCAUAGUACUAGGGCUGUAAAUGUCAGUAACUAGGACUUGAAGAUUUUUAACAUACCUUUUAAUAAAGUUAAAUUAAUUUGAUUCUCCUUUAUCAAGUUUAAACAAUCUGACUAUUUCAAGCUACCAUUUGGCCUCCAGGGCAAAGUUCUUAACCCAAGUUUUGCUGAAGAAUAGGACCUACUUGUCUAUUGUACUCAGUACUCAGCUUUCUAAAGGGCUGAAUAUUAAAAUUCCUACAUAUCAGUGCUACAUUAUUUGGGCAUUUGAGGCUGAAUCAAGGUCUCUGAACUUUUGACUACAAAGUAUAAUGAAACUAGAAAUGUGGUGGCAGCUCUUUAAAACAAAGCAGCACUUGCUCAAGUUCCUUGUGAGAGAGCAGGUCAGAUGGGGAUUUCCUUCAACCUUUGACAUACAAAUCAAUUAUUUAAAUAUACCCCUGAUGGGGUGAGGGGUGGCACUUCACUUCACUACACUGUACACAGCUUUACAACAUAGUGCUUAUGGGAUACAUUUACAUAGGAUUUAACCAGGAAUAUAUUUUUGUAGUGUUUUGGCUCUUAAAUAGCUAGUACUAAAUGAGAUUACAGUACUUGUGCCCAAUCAUGUCCUCAAACAAGCUUGUCAUCUCAUUCUUAAUCACGCACACACUUCAAAAUCUAGACCGCUUUUUGCUAAAGAAUAAAACUGGUACAAGAACUUGCAGGCUCUUAAUUACUUCCUAGAGUGAGCAUAUUAGUGUCCUUUUACAUUUCAAUUUUACAGUGGUUCUCUAUGCAAUUGCUCUCAGCAGAUUGCUGCAAUAACUCCAAUUACAGGCACUACUUAUAGCCUACCUUCAUGGUGGGAAUAUCUACAACAGUCAAAACAUGUAGUAUUUGCACAUGAUUGAGGUAGACUUUAACCAAGCUGUUUUCAAGAUCACAUACUUUGCUUCACUAAGCUACUUGGAAAGACACUGUCCUAAUAACAUGAUGCAAGCAUUUAAACCUAAAACCAACAUCUUGUUACAUUAACUCUAGUUUAUUUGAGAACAGGUAAGAAAGCAGUGGGUUUGACACUGGUGGGGUAAAGUAAGAUGCAUUAUACUUGCAUUCACCAUUCUCAAUGCAAAACCUAUUCAGCUAUCAUGUUGAGGUAAGGUAGACUAGCUAACCACACACUGACAGUACAUUUAAGGCAAAGACCCUAAAGUUCAAUCUGAAUUUAACAUCCUAGCCUCCAGCUAGGACUUGCUGCCACCAGUCAGCAGUUGAGAGGUGGCUCUUGUACCUGUCUUCUGUAAAGCUGUUAUUUACCUCUGCUACUGAAAUACACGGGCUAGUAGAUUAAGUGAAGGAAUAAGUGCGCACUCUGCUACAAACAGUGUUGUAGCCUUACAGGCAAAGUAACUAGGGAUGUUAAUAUGCUUGAAAAAUAACUAACACAUUAAAGCACAGUGCUAAUUAGUAGGCUAAGGACUAAGUCUCUUGCUGUUUAACAAAACUAGACGUUUUAGAUCCACCCUCUAGAAUACACUCUUUUCACUAAACAGGACCCAAAGCAGAAUUUUCAGUAAAAGGCCUUGCCUAAAGUUGGUUGUUCCCUAUAGGAUUAGCUGCUAGAAGCAGAAAUCUUUGGGAUUUGCCUGUAUAAGACUAUUGGUAUCUGUCACUCAACAUUGUGGGCUUGGCCUGAUAAGAGAUUACAGAAAGCAAUUUACAAGAGAAAUAGAACUACUCAGUCACAAGAGCAUUCAUGAGAUUUAGUCUCAUGCAUGUGGGAAAAAAGUUCACACUAGCUUUGGUGGGAGAAAGAAGAGAAUUGCACCUUGACUGAAGCUUCUGACAGCUUAAAUAAAUAGUUUUUCUGGUGGUGAUAGUCGUUAAAUCUUUUUUUUCAGAAUCACUUCCAAACAGCUAACAUACUAAAAGAGACCAAUUCCUCCCCCCAGUCCACCAGGGCUAUAAUUUAAUGAGUUGGAAUGAAGAGAAAGUAUUAAUUGAUUUGAUUUCACAUAUUUUUCACAUAUAUAUUUUCCUGCAAGGAAUUCUGUUCAGAUUAGCUAAAGCCAGCAGAAUAGUCACCCCUUCACUGAUCAAGAGAGAUCAAUUCCCCUUUGAGACAUGUUGAUAUUCAAGUGGCUACUGUUAAAAGGCACAGAGAGAGCUAGGAGAGACAAAGUAAAGUGGAACUUCAGCGUUAUGAAGUCACCAAUCAAUCAACCACACACCUCAUUUGGAACCAGAAGUAUGCAAUCAGGCAGCAGCGGAGACAAAAAAAAUAAAAAAGCAAAUACAGUACUGCACUGUUAACCUAAACUACUAAAAAAAAUAAAAUAAAGGAAAAGCACCAUUUUACUUCUGCAUAUAAAGUUUCAAAACUAUAUUAAGUCAAUGUUCAGUUGUAAAUUUUGAAAGACCCACUAUAGUGUUUUGUUCAGAGUUAUGAACCGCCAUACUCCGAGGUUCUACUGUAUAAGGGAAAACUGGCUACAGUAUCCAUUCCUGAAUGCCGUUUUAAGGCCUAAUACUUGCUGUAUAUACAAGUAAAUGUAGGAAGGCAUCAGAUUAGUUUCAUACCCUGUACAAUAUACUCUCUACGAUUGGACUGACUCCCUGAACAUCUCUAAAGUUACAAAUGUAAGUCAAAGUAAACCUUUAAUUAAAAACUUUAAACGAUUUUAAACCAAUGAUGCUGUGACAGUGCAAACAGCAUACAAUUUAUUGCUCAACUUCUGCAUGGGUACAUUAAGUUUUUAAAAACCAUUUUAUACAGAUGUUUUGUUAAAGCUCAUGUAACGGAUGGCAAUACAAUGAAUAUCAAUGCUAAAAACACUCUGUAAUAAAUAAUAGAAAUGAGAAAAUAAAACAGUUUGUGGAGGGGAAAUUAUACUUGAGUAUAAACUAAUUACAGCUACAGACAAAGCUUGGGAUGUGGUAGAGUCAAAAACCUACUAUAUAGUGUUAAAUACAACAAAUGGCACCUGUUAACUAUAUGGUGCAGUUUAAAAUCUGAAGCAAUGUGAGCAUGCUACAUUAAGCUGUAUGAUGCAUACUUAUGAUAUAGAAGCAAAGCUUUUACUUCCAUCAAUGCAGCCAGUUUAAACGCACCAGAAGUUUAAUACAGAUGUAGUGUUGUAGAACAAAAAUACAAAAGGAAAACUUGUGUGCUCUGGACUCUAGUAUACAACAAAAAAUGGUAAAAAUAAAUCAGUUUAGGGAAGCUGAACCUAUGUGCAAAAAAAAAAUUAGAAUACAUACUGUACAAAGCACCAUUACAAAACUCUUUACAGCGAGAAAUUAAAUCCUCUGAAA